AGACACAAAGAGAGGAUUUCACCGCCUUUGAUCUGAAAAGGUUUAAGUAGGCUCGUCAGCCAGAUUUAGUGAUCGCGAAUCUCGGACGGCAGAAACAGAGAGCAAGACGGUUAAAAACGUAAAAGGAAACAGCAGAAGCUAAAACUCGUGUACUAAUUUAUCAUUUAAUAUGUCAGACACACAAAAGGAAACGUGCAGAAACAUGCAGAUGAUUUCACUGGAAGAGGCCUCUGAGAAAAGACCAGCUGAAAACGAAGCUGCAAAGAAGGAGUUGGUGGAGCUCCAGAGACAACACGAGGAGGAGAGAAGAAGAAUAGAGGAGGUAAAGAGGGAAAUUGUGUUAGUCCUGAAGGUCCUGAAAGAAGAGAAGAGCACAUUACAGAAGGCAAAGUACUCAACUGAAACGGCAGAGCUUCAAGAAGAAAUUGCAGAGCUGAAAUUACAAAGGGCAAACAUAGAAUUGAUGGAAGGCAAGGAAAAACUGAGAGAGAAGAGAGAAGAAAUAGAAAAGGCCAACAAGGAACUGAAGCAUGCAAGUAAGGAAGUUGAGAAUGUAAUGAAGAGACUGCAGGAGGCUCAGAAGGCUCUGGAUAAGGAGAAGAAAAAGCUGCAAGGGACAACAAAUAAAUCUGAAAACAUUAAGAAAGAGUUGCGGGAGGUCCAAGCAGCAUUAGAGGAGGAGAAAAGGGCAAUAAAAGAAAUGAGGAUAGAAUCUGAAAAAUCAACAAAGGAAUUGUUGGAGGUUCAGACAUCCCUGAAAGAGGAGAAAAGAGCUCUGGAAGAAGCAAAGAUGGAAACUGAAAGUGUAAGAAAGGAAGCUGACAGUUCAAAGAAGGAAUUGUUGGAGCCCCAAAGGGAAAUGGAAGAGGAGAAGAAGGCAAUGCUGGAGGCCAAGAAAGCAACUGAAGUUGCUAAAAGGCAAUGCGAAAAUGUUACAGUGGAAGCCGAGAUGGCAACACUGAAACUUGAAAAUAUAAAGCUGGAAUUGUUGGAGGUCCAGAAGUCCUUGAAAGAUGAGGAAAGAGCUCUGGAAGAAGCAGAAAUGGAAACUGAAAGUGUAAGAAAGGAAGCUGACAGUUCAAAGAAGGAAUUGUUGGAGCUCCAAAGAGAAAUGGAAGAGGAGAAGAAGGCAAUGCUGGAGGCCAAGAAAGCAACUGAAGUUGCUAAAAUGGAAUGCGAAAAUGUUACAGUGGAAGCCGAGAUGGCAACACUGAAACUUGAAAAUGCAAAGCUGGAAUUGUUGGAGGUCCAGAAGUCCUUGAAAGAUGAGAAAAGAGCUCUGCAAGAAGCAGAAAUGGAAACUGAAAAUGUAAGAAAGGAAGCUGACAGUUCAAAGAAGGAAUUGUUGGAGCUCCAAAGGGAAAUGGAAGAGGAGAAGAAGGCAAUGCUGGAGGCCAAGAAAGCAACUGAAGUUGCUAAAAUGCAAUGCAAAAAUGUUACAGUGGAAGCCGAGAUGGCAACACUGAAACUUGAAAAUAUAAAGCUGGAAUUGUUGGAGGUCCAGAAGUCCUUGAAAGAUGAGGAAAGAGCUCUGCAAGAAGCAGAGAUGGAAACUGAAAAUGUAAGAAAGGAAGCUGACAGUUCAAAGAAGGAAUUGUUGGAGCUCCAAAGAGAAAUGGAAGAGGAGAAGAAGGCAAUGCUGGAGGCCAAGAAAGCAACUGAAGUUGCUAAAAUACAACGUGAAAAUGUUACAGUGGAAGCCGAGAUGGCAACACUGAAACUUGAAAAUGCAAAGCUGGAAUUGUUGGAGGUCCAGAAGUCCUUGAAAGAUGAGGAAAGAGCUCUGCAAGAAGCAGAGAUGGAAACUGAAAAUGUAAGAAAGGCAGCUGACAGUUCAAAGAAGGAAUUUGGAAGCCGAGAUGGCAACACUGAACUUGAAAAUAUAAAGCUGGAAUUGUUGGAGGUCCAGAAGUCCUUGAAAGAUGAGGAAAGAGCUCUGCAAGAAGCAGAAAUGGAAACUGAAAAUGUAAGAAAGGAAGCUGACAGUUCAAAGAAGGAAUUGUUGGAGCUCCAAAGGGAAAUGGAAGAGGAGAAGAAGGCAAUGCUGGAGGCCAAGAAAGCAACUGAAGUUGCUAAAAUACAAUGUGAAAAUGUUACAGUGGAAGCCGAGAUGGCAACACUGAAACUUGAAAAUAUAAAGCUGGAAUUGUUGGAGGUCCAGAAGUCCUUGAAAGAUGAGGAAAGAGCUCUGCAAGAAGCAGAAAUGGAAACUGAAAAUGUAAGAAAGGCAGCUGAGAAUUCAAAGAAGGAAUUGUUGGAGCUCCAAAGGGAAAUGGAAGAGGAAAAGAAGGCAACACUGGAGGCCAAGAAAGCAACUGAAGUUGCUAAAAUGCAAUGCGAAAAUGUUACAGUGGAAGCCGAGAUGGCAACACUGAAACUUGAAAAUAUAAAGCUGGAAUUGUUGGAGGUCCAAAGAGCGCUGGAGGAGGCAAAAAGCCAAGAAGCCGAAGGGCCUGAUGCUGCGGUGACAGAGUGUAAAGAUGCGCACAAACCGGAAGAAGCAAAAAAGGUGCAUAAAAAGAAGAAAAAGUCAAAGAUGAGCCGCAUUUGCAGCUGGUUCAGCUGUAUCAAAGGGGCUCAGGAGGAGGAUGACUAACUUCACUCCUGGCAGUUGGGAGAAGACCCCAAAGACACUCAGCUACAUGUUACCUGGCUGAGAACACCUGAGGCUCCUCUGGGAGAAACUAUGAAAGAUUGCUGCAUUAAUUUGACCCACUUGCAGAAAAUAUGUAUUGCUUGUAUUGGAAUUUUGCUA